AUGUCAUUUACCAAGUUAUUGGUGACAACAGCGGCGUCGGUUUCGGUUUUGGCGGUGAUUUGGGUGUGUUUUAGUUUGGUGUCGUUGGUGAAUGAGGUGAAUCGAUAUGCUGAUGAGGUUACGAUGGAUGUUGGGAAGUUUAAGGUGGGUUAUAGGCUCGGCUUCUUGGUGUAGAAGCUCUCAAGGGGUGGCUGCUUGAAAACUAGGUGUCUAGGCGCUAAUCCUAUACAACCUGAUCUUCUAGGCGCAGCUUCUUGAAAACUCGGCUUUCUAGGCGCGCCUCCUUGACACAGAAGCUCACAAGGCUCGGCUGCUUAAAAAUUAGGAUCUUUAGGGGUGGCUACUUGACAACUAGGUUCCCAAGUCGCUAAUUCUUGCCAUAGAAGCUCUCAAGUCUCGGCUACUUGAAAAUUAAGAUCUCUAGGCUCGGCUGCUUGAAAACUCGGCUUUCUAGGGGCCAAUCCUUGCCAUACAAGCUCUCAAGGCUCAACUGCUUAAAACUUAGGAUCUUCAGGGGUGGCUACUUGACAACUAGGUUCCCAAGGCGCUAAUCCUUACCUUACAAGCUCGCAAGGCUCAACUGCUUGAGACCUAGGCUAUACAAGCGUCAAUCCUUGCCAUAGAAGCUCUCAAGGCGUGGUUACUUGAGAAUCAUGAUCUCUAGGCGUUGAGCCUUAUCAGACUGGAUUUCUAGACGCCGGUCCUACACAAACAUCUUCUGUAGGUUCGGCUCCUUGAAAACUCGGCUCUCAAGGCUCGGCUGCUUGACAACUAAGAUCUCUAGGCUUGGCUCCUUGACAACUAGACUCUCUAGGCUCGGCUCCUUGAAAACUCGGCUUUCUAGGCGCGCCUCCUUGAGAUCUAGACUGCCCCGACUUCAAAUCUAGAUUUUUUUGCCUUCAGCACGACGCCAAUGGAAUCUGGGAUUCAAUGAUGUCAAUCAUCCCCCAAAGUCAAGAAAACCGUCAAGUUCUCGACUCAAUUUUCCGCGCCAAACGUCAACUUCCACCACAAUGCAAAUGUUCACUCACCAACGGGCCGGAUCGUUGUCCACCAGGCCCGCCAGGCCCACCAGGUCCACCAGGACUGAAUGGAGAUCAUGGCGAGAAGGGGAGACGACGGUUUCCCCGGAAACGAUGGAAAUUUGGGAGUUCCACUGAACUCGAGAGGAUGUAUUGUGUGCCCGGCUGGACCACCUGGACCACCAGGGCAGCCUGGAAAUGACGGACGGCCCGGAUCAGAUGGUCAACCUGGAAAUGAUGCGCAAGGAGGUUUGGCUGGCCCGCCAGGGCCACCAGGGCCACCAGGAAAUGACGGACAACCAGGGCACCCUGGACAAUCUGGAGGACCCGGACAACCUGGACAACCGGGGACUAAGACUGUUGGACGGCCUGGAGCCCCAGGAGCACCUGGACCAUCGGGACCACCAGGAACACCAGGGAACUCGGGAAGACCGGGAGGCGCUGGACAACCUGGAAGCGAUGGGCAACCUGGAAAUGAUGGGCAACCAGGAAAUGAUGGGCAACCCGGAGUUCCCGGGCCACCCGGUCAACCGGGACAACCUGGAGGCGAUGGCGAAUAUUGUCCAUGCCCGGCGAGAUCGGGGGUCAUGCGAGCUGCUUCGAAGUUGCGAGCAUCGUCGGUUCGACGAGUCACUGCGGUUAGACAUCGAUCGAUGUCGAAGAAACGUGUGGCGGUUAAUCGAUCGAAGGUUCGUCGUGUUGUUGCUGCUAAACAUCGUGCUGUUCUUAAAAGACAUCGUGCUGUUCAAAAAUCAUAA